UAUGUAUCUCUGUUCGUAUUCGUAUGUUCGCCUUCGAAGCAUAGGUACGCCAUGUUCUCGGUCGUUGUAUUAAGAGAGAAAUAGCUCGGCGAGUGGAAGGGGGACGGAACGAGCAGAAGGUAUCGAAGCAUCGGCGGAGCGAGCAAGAGGGAGAGCCAGAGUGGAAAGGAAACGGAGAUAGACGGAUGACAGAAAUGCAUAGCGGCAACGGCAGGCAGCAGCAAGAACAGCAGCAGCGCACAGCGCAUAGAGGAGAGAUCGCGUCGUCCACGCGUAAUUCGGGGCGUGUGCUAGGUUGAUCGGUGAUUCCCUAGCAUCGGUGGCUGCGUGAUCGAGGAUGUACCGGUGUCAGUGCGAGAUAAGCGCGAUCGCCCCGUGACGACGACGACUUCUCGUUGUCAAAGAAGGUGCGCGAGAGCCGAGGCACGGUGUGGGCAGGUCGCGGCCAUUUUUACCACACGAUGCGGCAGUCGUGCGUGCCUGUUCGAUCCGCCAUUCCAAACAAUCGGUGUACUUCGUGCCCGUGGCCUCGCAGGGUGCAUCCGACUGCUCGCGGAGGCGCCGUCGAACGACGAUAAUACGCGGCCUGGUUCGACCAUCGUCGUCGCGACGAGCGUUACCUUCGACGGUGGAGCGCGACUUCUAACAGCUCGCGAGAGCCGGCAGUGUUACUGGUGGUGGACGGUGCUCGGUGGUGGUGUUGUACCACGUCCUCGUCGUUAACGGCGACGACGUGGACGAAGAGGAGAAAAAAAGAAGAGUGAUGAUGAUGAUGAUGAUGAUAACGAUGGUCGUGAUUAUGGGGAGAAUGAAACCACUCGAACAGCCGAUACAUUGGAAUACCGUCGUAGCUGUUCGAGCGUGCCUGUGAUUCGUGGGUUUCUCGUGAAUAAAAUCGCGCGCAAGUGUGUGCUCGCCUCCGAUGAAUACGUAGUGUGUGCAUUGCCCAGUUCUGUGCCCGUUGCCCAGAGUGUCCGUCUCCGUCUGUCCGCCCCGUGUGUGCGUGUUUCUCGUGCCUCUUCGCCACGCACAUCGGACUUCUUCCUCUUCUCCUUGGCGCGGAGCGCGAUCGAUGUGACACCGUGUGACCGCCUGAACUUGGUCUUUCGCGACCGAAAAUCUGUACAAGACUCGUCGAUCCAUCCUACGGAAAGGAAUACAACACGGUCGGGUGUUACGCGUACAUCGAAGCCAUCUCCAAGAGCGUUAUAGUUGCGUGUGUCCCGUCGGUAGACGUCCCGUGUCUUGUGAGAGUGUAUAUCCCGAAGGCAGUGUGCGGCUCUCCUCACCGUGCCCCCCGUUACUCCGUCUCUCUCGGUUCUCGCUCGUUUAUUCUCAUUUUCUCUGUUUUUCCAUUCCGUCGCAUCGCUCUCCUUCUUUCCUCCCUUUUCUGCUUCGUUUUAUCUUCGCGUGUCUUCUCUCACGGUGAAAGAAGCACUACAGACGACCGUGGUAGAAUAUGCUCGACACCACCGCGGCACAACGCUUCUUGUCAUCGUUCUCGCGUUGUUCGUCGCGGCCGUGCCACCUCCGUCUCCGCGUUUUACAAGGCUACCGAAUAGUCGAGGAAUCGUGAGGUCGUCUGAUGACCGGAGCUCGUGCAACCAGUGAUCAACGAACGGGCCUCUCGGUACGGGGACAGGACGUCUAGGAGCUCCCCGAAGAUGGAGAUCGAGGCGAAACAGCGGAGCCAGAGGAACAGGAGACGGGAACGGGCCCAGCGCAUGCUGGCGCAGAGGGAGAGCCUGGCCACGGCUAAGCAGCAGCAGCAGCAACAGCAACAACAGCAACAGCAGAGCAGGCAACGGCCGAACGACGAGGAGGACAGUCACAGCGGCGAGGACGAGGACCCCGCCGCCGGUCUCGGCCUCGGACUCGCCAGGACCGGUCAUCCUCGUGACAGCCAUUCCCGACCGCCCAGGCCACCGCGACCCCCGAGGCCUCGCAAGAAGUCUUCCCUCGCGGCUGCCAACCAGAAAGAGCCUCUCUUCGAGGAGGAGAUUAUCGACGGCUUUGCCAUACUCGCCUUCCGCACCUACGAAGAACUCGAGAGUGCAAUAAAGUUAGCUGGUAAAAAUAAUAUCAAGAAGCUGUCUACGUUAUUGUCAAUAGUGGAAGAAAAACCAAAGGUGGACACCGGGCAGAAUAAUAGACACAACGAGCAUCACAUCAAAAAUCAUUUCAAACACAACCAUUAUACACACAAUUCCAUACUGACACCUUCUACCAUUAACCAGGGCCUAGAUGCAGGUACAAGUGACGAUAGUGGUAGAGCAUCUGAACAAUUGCAUGGCCCUGGUAUACCUAGGGAUUGCCAGGACGCAGACAGUUCCAGGGACCACCUCAGCGAUGCUAGCAGUCAUUGCAGUUCGGGUAAAGGUUAUAUCUGUGAUAGUGAAGGAGAAGACGAUAAGGGCUCGGACGCUGAAUCGAUACUCUUUGAAUCUUCUACCCCACCACCCCUUGCACGUAAAUACGAAUUGCCAUCGUCUUCACCGCACGUUUUGCCUCCGGCGAACGGGGCAGGAGGGUCGCCUCCAGACACGGGUGGACAAAUCUCGAACCCAGCAACGGAUGCUCCGGCACCUAUACCACCUCCCGUACCCGCGUCUGCACCAGUUCCAACAGCGCCAAGCCCUCCCAGUCCCACUCUACCCCCUCAUAUAUCCCAACCACCUAUGACUAGUCCAUUGGCAGCGAACCCACGUGCAAUAGCUCCGCAACAGCGGCCAACUUCUCCCGCCCUGCCACCGCCUUCCUUGUCUCAGCAGCCUCACACCACGAUCCCCGCGUUACAUCCACCCAAUGUACCCCACGUCUCGUCGAGUCAUACAACUAGUCCAGCGGUAGCUAGCUUAGGUGUGACACCAGCAGCACCUUCGAACGGAGCUACGACCACCAGCUACCCGCCGUCGAUACCAAUGGCCGCUUAUCCACAGACUCAACCAUCUUAUCCGCCUCUUUAUACACCGUACACCGCUCUGAAUCACAGUCCGUAUCUCCCUCCCGCUGUCCCAUCUCCCUCUCAUUCCGCUUCUUCACGGGCAGAAGUGAGAGGCAGCAGAGCUUCCCCGAGCACUAACAUAAGUAAGCAACAACCUAUAGGAACUAGUACUCCGAACCACAAUACUCCUUUGAGUGCUGCCACUACGACAUGCGUAUCCACGAUAACUAAUACGGUCACCACGGCAAGUACCAUUGUUCACAGAGACAUGGUAGCUUGUAGUUUAACGGGAAGAAACAAUAAUUCACCGCGUGGUCACAGCCCGAAUCGGGAAAGAGAAAGUUACAGCAGUAACAUCAGUAGCCUAAGUCGAGGAAGCAUAACGCCUGUAAGCGUGCCAAACAACACAUCUUCUCCAGCCAGUUCUAGUCUACCCGCUUACUCCACCAAGCAACAAGGAUGGAUCGGUAGCAGCACCAAUUCACAAUUGUCUCCGGCAACGGCGACAUCGGUCCCGAGGCCGACUCCACCGCCGGUACCUCCGCUUGGCAUGCACUCGUUCCCGCCGCCGAUGUUUGCGGCACCGUUACCACCUCCAGUGUCGAGUUCUAGCCCACACACAUCACUGCCUUCGUUACCACCGCCAACGACCAAUCCCAACCCGUUCUCCGCCGAGUCGCUCUUUCAAUCAACUAACGGGAAACAAGGGGUGGCUCAUGUCGCAGAUCAGGCGGACCUGUUAAGGCGAGAGCUUGACAAUAGAUUCUUGGCAUCUCAAGACAGAAAUGUUGGAGUCGGUGUCGGCAAUUUGGGGCCGCCCCCAUAUCUCAGGACGGAGAUGCACCACCAUCAGCAUCAGCACACCCACGUGCAUCAGCACACGACGCCUCUGCUCCCACCGACAGCCGCAACUACAUUAUUUCCACCCCCUAUCUUCAAGGAUAUUCCAAAGUUGGGAGGCGUCGAGUCACCAUUUUUUCGUGGCAAUCUAAAUCUUUCUAGUUACUCUGGAUUCAAUGCAGGCCUCUUACAUCCUGGAAUCGGUCCACCCUCGACUCCUUUUGUACCUCCUAAUCAUUUAACACCAUUUGCACCAAAGAAGAGUGGAAAAUGGAACGCGAUGCACGUUCGCAUCGCUUGGGAAAUCUAUCGUCAUCAACAAAAGCAACAGGCGGAAGCGAAGGCGGGCAGCGUUGUGAACAGCAAAACAGAAUUGUUGAGACCACCGGGUCACCUUUAUCCGGCUGGUCCAGGAAGUGGUCUCGGAAUGGGAGCACCACCAAUGGCGCCACCGUUUCCCACCAAUAUACCACAGGCACAUCCUGCUGGACCACCUCCGCCUCAUCCUGUUGGUUUCCUCUCAGCACCAGCGUCGCAUUUAGGAACAGGAAUGUCCCCUUUCGGAAGGUAUCCAUCAACGUUUGCUGGGCCGAAUUCCAACUUUCCCGGCCUCUCCACGUUUCCCCCGUCGAGAGAAAUGCCGCCACUUGGUGGGAUCAGCUCUGUACACGAUCCGUGGAGGGGGUUGCAAAGAGCCUCCACUGGAUUUCCGCCAACCACAGCUGUGUCGUGGAGCUUAAAACCGGAGCCGCCCGCGAUCGAUAGACGAGCGGAGAUGGAGGAACGCGAGCGCGAGCGGGAACGAGAACGCGAGCGCGAAAGGGAACGAGAACGUGAACGCGAACGUGAACGUGAACGGGAGCGAUUGAGGCGCGAGAAGGAGCGGGAGAGAGAAGAGCAGCGCGAGAGGGAGAGACGAGAACGCGAAAAAGAAGAGAAGAGGAAACAACAAGAAGCUGCCGAACGGGAAAGAGAGAGGAGGGACAAGGAACGACGGGAUAUGGAGAGACGCGAGAUGGAACGCGACCGAUUGAUACAUCAAGCUCGGCAGCACGUGAUCGUGAGUCGAGAUCGGUCGCCUUUGAGAAACGGGUCAGCACAGAUUGAUCCUAGCGAGGUACGAGUUAAGGAGGAACCGCGAAGCAAGGACGAUGAAGUCGUCAUGCUUCCGAGGCCACCUGGUCCUGGUCCUGGACAAUCCGCUGGAGGCCCUGGUCCGAGUCCAAUGUCAGAUGCUAGGUAUCAUCAUCCUCAUCCGUACCUCGCAAGGCAUCCACACAGCAUGCCCGCGCCUCAUUCCAUGCCGCGUAGUAUGAUACCUGGUCUAGGUGGACAUCCGAUGCAACAUUUCCCACCGCCUUCCGGACCAGGCGGUCAACCGGGAGCUCCUUGGCCGGGCGAUCCCUUCAGGGACUACGGUUACAAUCCUUUGCAACAGCUACGAUAUAAUCCGUUAAUGGCUGCCGCUGCGUUCCGCGCAGAGGAGGAGGAAAGAGCUAAAUUGUACGCUGGUUACCCACCACCGCCUGUAAAUUCGUUAAGAGCCAAGGACCCGAGCCCUGGGCCGUUGAGCAAUUUACAUAUGCACCACAGAGCAGGUCCUGGGCCGGGGAUGCCGACACGCCAAUUAGAACCGGCUUUGAUGCACGCGGACAUACACAAGAAGGAGGAUACCUCUCAAUCUCGAUGAUACAUCCUCCCCGCGUCCUCGGCUUCUGCGAGCGAACGCACUAAAGGGUCAACAUUUUGAGCGCGUCUCCGAGCCCCCCGUGGUGCUGGUAUUUUGCUAACGGAGAAGAGUGGCGUUAUUUAAAAAAAGAAAAUAUUGUACAUAGAUUAUAUAAUAUUUAUAGUUAUCGAAGAAAGUGUGAAGAAAAGAAAAUCGUGGAGGAUGAAGGGAGCCUCUGCGAUGAUCAUUAACGAAAAUGCCUUGAAACCGCUGUGCGUCCGAUCGAUAAUUGAAACAGACGAAUCGUCGAUGCGAGAUGAGUCGAGGCAUUGAUUAAAAUAAACGUGGUCACAAAGUAAUUGAAAUGACAGUGACGUUAUGUGAUUCUCUGCAGUUCCGAGGAUCUGACUGUUUAUAACGACAUAAACUUUCAUCAUUACGAUAAUUAUACGUACAGUUAAAAAAAAGUAUCGUGUGUAAUAUUAUAGAUAUUGUAGAAUGCGAGACGAUGCUACGUAAAGAAAGAAAUCCACGUUAAAAGAGAGAAGCUUAAACGGAUCUCUACCAUUACUCAAAAAGUUAUUUAAUUAUUUAUUUAUUGCGACGUAUAAACGAAUCUCUAUUACUGACAUACGGAUACGAUCGUAAAACAAGUUGCCCUAAUUUAAUCAAUAUAAUAUUAACGAAAAAUCUGAUGAAUUUUCUUUUCUUCAUAGGAAUAUUAAUUUCUACCAUGUUAAUAAGAAUGAUAGGAACGAAAAACCAAGAGGGCAAAAGAACAGAGGUAACUUUGGCUUUUGGCAGCACAAGCAUGCUUUUCCCUAAUUUCUGUCUUUGUUUUUUUUUUUAAUUUGCCUGGAGCUUACAAUUGCACUCUGGUGCUUUCCUGUGAUAUAAAAAGUAAGAUCAUUCAGAAGCAUUGCAAUUGUUUUUCAUCGUAAUUUAUAAGGAAAGAAGAGACAGUAUAUAACGAAAAAUGUAAAUCAAACUCUCUUCGGAUAAAUUAUAAACGCAAACGCGAUUUGUCUAAUGCUGCGUUACGCAGCGUGAACGAAAGGAAAAAGAAUUAUAUUCCUCAGGAAAAUAUGGGAUUUGCGAGUAAACGAAUACAAAAGCAGUUUGUCCGUGCCAAAGUGCUUUAAUCAAAACCACAUUUAAACUUUACGUAGAGGAAUUGCAACUUCUGACUUUGUACCCAUCAACAAGAAUCGAAAGAAACUAUGUACUUCUUCUCCAUCCUUGUUUCAUCGUCCUCUCAAUUAAUCGCCAUAUACAUCGUUAUGUCAUGAGAGAGCUAAUUCGAGGUGUCUCUUGAAAAAGAAGUAAAGAAAUGAAAUGAAAUGAAAUAUUCGUGCCAUGGACCAGGCUUGAUUCGGAAAUCCUGGUGUCUUUAAAGAAAACGAUGAUACUUUUGUUAAGUAAUCAGAUUUUUUAAACCGUUUCGUUUAUACUGUAAAGUCAUCAUAAAAAUUGUAUAUUAUUAAAUACUUAACGACCAUACGCAAUUUGGAAAUUGUAGAUAUUUUUCAUCGAUGCAAAGUUGCAAUGUGAUGCAAUGAUUCUGUUCUUGUAGAUAUCGCGAAGUAUAAAAAAGGAUUUUGUGUGAAUAGGUUUUUUCUAAAAUUGAUUCUUUGUAAAAGGGUCUAAUAAUCAUAGUUUCUAUCAAA